GCUGGAGAUCCGCGAACCCUGGUUUGGCCUGGCUCCCAGUUGAUCGGCGACCAAGACUCCUGUCUCAGGGCUAGCGUGUUCCUUUUUUUGGCCGCGAUGGCUUGACGGUGCGGAGUUCAGAUGAUUGGCAGCGAUGAUCACAAUGCGCACAACAACCAGCCGAGACAUCUCCUUCACUUUCCCAGUUCACGAUUGUCUUGCAUUAAUGCCUAAUUACGCUUGCUUAUUGCACUUCGAAUCCUAUACCGAUUGCGGGUGUUGGACGUUUACGAGCUAUCUUGUCUAGAGUAAAGCAAGAGGUUAAGUUAAUCAUGACCGCGACUAUGAAUAGCGCCAGUAGCCCUGCCCAGUUCCAAUAAACGCCUCAUACAUGUUUAGGUUGCUGGCCAAUUGAGCUUCCAUUUUAACGCCCGUUCCCUACUUCCCAUGUCUCCUCUCAUCUAUUGGCAUUGCAACCUUGCCGACGACAUAUUCUUCGAGCUCUCAUCAGACGCGUGUUUCCGAGUCCAACCGCUCUUGUACGCCCCGCUGAUACCUGAGCUUGCCGAUGGAUUUGACAAGGCCAUCAACUUGCGAACUUCAGGGCAAUGUUCGCUCUUUGCAGAUUUCCUCCGCAGACGAAAGUAAUUACUGCGAAGCCGUUCUGCUCUUACCCGAAGGCCAAACUGAAGAUAAUGUUGACAACCGGCUUCUUGGUGAUGCAAGGGCGCUUGGCCUGACCGUCUGUAACGAUGGCUCCGGCUCUUAUUCCACGGAGGAUCCUAGAGAAGGGAAUGAUGAAAGUUCAAUUUCCAGUCAAUAUGCGCUGCCAUCCACGGUUACCCCGUCCCCGACCCGAAUGCUAUCUUCCUUCUCUACGCCUUGGUCUCUAAAGGAACGCAUAUCAAGCAGUCGACACUCCAUCGCCUCGUUGUCCACAUGCCCCACGACUUGCAGCAUCAGCGAAUCGGAGCCAAGGCAAUCAAUUGCUGACUUCCGUCCCACAAGACACUCUCUCAACCUCGAAGGCAUCGAUAGGGGAUUUAAAUUCGGCCUAAAGCAUGCAAUUUCCCGAAUUCCAAACCUUCGCAGACGGAAAGGGUCUGCACUUGGGAUUCUUCCUUCAACCACGCCAUCAGAGCUCAGCUCGAGCCCAUCCAAUGGUCUUCGUGACAUACGACAAGGAAGAAGCCUAGACAUCAACACCACCGAGUCUUUAGCCAGUAGGGACACUCUUGCACCAAUUGACGAAGGGUGUCUGCGGCGGAGUUUAGUCACUCCGGAAUUAAAAGCCAUGCGUGCCGCUCAUGAAGGUCAGAUGCAGAGAUAUUUGAUAUUUCGGAGGAAGAUGUUGGUACCCAUUUUGCGUGGUCAUCGUCGCACUCUCGAGGAGACUAAGAGCCGGCAUAUUAAGGCCGUGGAGGAUUUGGUCGCGCAGAAUUCCCAGAAGGCUGUUCGUCGAGAAGAGCGGGACCUGAUGGCGGAGCUUUCUUUGACUGAAGACUUCAAGCGUGAAAAGCAGGCCUUGCAGAGCCGCAUACGUUAUAUGGAAGCUUAUUUCAUAACCCCACCGCCAGAAGCGCAACUUGGAGACAACAGCGCAGAGUCCCGAUUACCGCAGCGGAGAUACAGCAAGGAGUAUAGAGACCUCCUCCGGCAAAAGCAGCACGAACUUGCCACAAUAGACUCUCUACACGAAUCAAAGAUCAAGGUUCUUCGAGAUACGCAGGCGAAGCAUUACGAAAAUGCUCUGAAGAAAUGGGAACAGGCCGUUCGUCUUCUUGAAGAAGCUAAUGAGCGCGACCUUCGUGAUCUAGAAAAUCGUUGUCGCGAAGAAAAAGAUGUCGCUCUUGGCUGGCUCGAAGCCAAACGAGCUCGUCUACAGGCAAGAUGGGUGCUUGAAGAAAGUAUUCUUCGAAAGAAGCUCGAAAUCGAUACCCAAGAAUAUUACAGCCCUCUUCCGAAGUUAUCCUUUGGGGAUAUCGGAGAUGAUACCUCUAUUGAUAGAGCGCGCCCUAGCAAUGAUCAACAGACCGUUGGGCGGAUAGCAUGCGAAACCCCUGAAAAACGACAUUCGUGACAUCUCUCCCAUCACAUCAAACCUAACUAGUUCUCCGCUCCCAUAUACUCCAUAUCUCUCCGGAAAGACCUAUUUCACUACUAUCGUUGUUUUACUGCGUAUUCUCGGACAUCUUUGUUACCUUGAUAUCCUCAUUCACAACUCAUAUGCCCCACAUAUCCAUUGCAUUUAUGGGAAGUUUUUGUUUUUAUUUUUUCUUUCGCUUGCACAUACUUUGCUCAUGAUGAUACCCACUUCAGAGCAACUCUCUGUUAUUUGCUAAUGUUAUGGAUAUACUUCUACUCCUAGGAGAGCUAAUUUUGCAAAUAACGGCUCCCAGGCGUCCUAUCCGGGUGCUGAGUAUAAUGUCUAUAGAUAUGCCCCAUGGCAUAUCAUCAUAAUGCAAAAACUAAUCACAUAGGUUUUUGCUAGGAAAUAAUAUCUUAAUAUCAUGACAAA